CGCCCUGGAAGAGCUAAGCUCUGACAACCAAGAAGUCACACGAAAAUCAAAAUUGUGUGCCGAUCGGUUUUUGGUCGCACAACGAUGCUGAAACAAUAGAUAUUGCGUGUCGCUAUGCAGCCAUUACGCCGAGAAGGCGGCGGGCAGCCGAGUUGACUGCGCCCAUCGUGCCUGCAUGGACCUGGCUCAAUAGUGCCCGCCCAAACACUCUUGCAAUACUUGGUGAGCACACGAUAUAUUAUAACUUACGCUGCUGACAUACAUAAAGAGGUGUACUAAAGCGUUCGAGAUAGGCCGAUAAGUCCAAACAAUUCUGUGACGCGCCCCCCUGCGGGCGCUCGCAAGGCACGAUGGAGGACUUCGUGCAGCCCCCAUUCUUGGUCAUUGCAGACACGCUAUUCGUGCUGUCAUGCUGUAUGCUGUUCGGUCGACUGCGAGAUUUUGUAUGCUGGCUUCUAAAUCCGUUUGGUCAGCGAAAGAAGGGCAAGGAGGGCUAUGCGCAUAUCCGUGACCCUACUGAGGACUUCUACCUCCGUCGUAUGUAUGGACGCAUUGUGGACUGCUGGAACCGGCCCAUCAGCAGUGCACCCGACGCCUGGUUUGACGUGAUGGACCGCAAGCGCAUCAAGGAGCCUUCCGGCCAGGAUGUUGCGGAGAUUGUGAACACCGGCACCAGCACCCGCUGCCUGAACCUGGCUUCCUACAACUACCUGGGCUUUGCCGCCUCCGACCCCUACUGCACCCCCCAAGUCGUUGACACCAUUGGUCAGCUGGGCGUGAGCGGCUGCAGCCCGCGCGUGCUUGGCGGCACCACCGUGGCGCACACGGAGCUGGAGGACCUGGUGGCACAGUACCUGAACGUGGAGGCUGCCAUCACGUACGGCAUGGGCUUCGCCACCAACUCCUCCACCAUCCCCGCGCUGGUGGGCAAGGGCUGCCUCAUCCUGUCCGACUCGCUGAACCACUCGUCCAUUGUGGCGGGCGCGCGGCAGAGCGGCGCCAAGAUCAAGGUGUUCCGUCACAACGACGCCAAGCACCUGGAUGCGCUGCUGCGGCAGUCCAUUGCGGACGGCCAGCCGCGCAGCCACCGGCCGUGGAAGAAGGUGCUGGUGAUUGUGGAGGGCGUGUACAGCAUGGAGGGAGAAGCAUGCAACCUCAAGGACGUGGUGGCGGUGUCCAAGCGCCACCGGGCCUACAUCUACCUGGAUGAGGCGCACUCCAUCGGCGCGCUGGGCGGCACGGGGCGCGGCUGCUGCGAGCACUGGGGCGUGGACCCGCGCGACAUCGACAUCAUGAUGGGCACGUUCACCAAGUCGUUUGGCUCGUGCGGCGGCUACAUCGCCGGCAAGAAGCCCGUCAUCGACUUCCUGCGCCGCCACUCGCCCGCGCACCUGUACGCUUGCGCCAUGGCGCCCGGCUGCGUCAAGCAGGUGACGGCGGCUCUGCAGGUGGUGAUGGGGCUGGACGGCACGGGGCGCGGCGCGGCCAAGGUGCAGCAGCUGCACGACAACGCCAACUACACGCGCGCGCGGCUGCUGGAGAUGGGGCUGGACGCGCUGGGCAGCUGGGACUCGCCGGUCAUGCCCAUCAUGACCUACAGCCCAGCCAAGAUGGUGGCGCUGUCUCGCGAGCUGCUGCAGCGGCGCAUGGCCAUGGUGAUCGUGGGCUUCCCCGCCACUCCGCUGCUGCUGACGCGCAGCCGCAUCUGCAUCUCCGCCGCGCACUCGCGCGAGGACCUGGACUGGGCGCUGGAGCAGCUGGACGAGCUGGCCACGCUGUGCAACCUGCGCCACGGCAACACCGCGCUCAAGGCUCACAUGGAGGCGUCGCUCAAGGACCACAUCCGCCGCCACUUCGGCGAGGCCGCGGCCGCCGCCGCCACCGUGGCAGGCCUGGCGAACGGCACCUUUGACCCCUACUCCUACCGCGCCGGCGGCGGCAAGAAGGCCGUGGCGACCGUGGGCGGCAAGGGCGGCAAGGAGGUGCAGGAGAAGGACGGGCGCAAGCACGGCCACGUGGCGUCAGCGUCGGGUCAGCAGCAGCAGCAGCAGGCGGCGGGCAGCGGGCCGGCCUCGCCACAGGCCAAGCGCGCGCGGAAGGAGUCGUCGGGCAACGGCAGUGCCAAUGGCAACGGCGUGGCGCAUGUGGAGCCCGCGGCGGCGGCCGUGUCGGCGCCGGUGGUGGUUGCGGCCGCGAACGGGGUUCACCACGGCGGCGCCAUCACUGCAGAGGUGGAGGUGCAGAUGAGCACCGGCAAGGCGGGCAGCGGGAAGGGCGGGAAGGCGGCGGCAGCCAACGGCGGCCACGUGAGGAACGGCAAGGCGAGCGGGGUGGUGGCCAACGGCAACGGCUUCCACCGCAGCUCGAGCCCGGUGGCGAACGGCCGCUCGGAUGUGAAGGCCUACAUUCGCACCGAGGCGCUGGUGUCGUGAGGCCUUUUGCGUCUCGAGCAAUGAGGCGUUUGCGUCGUGAGCAUGAGGCGUUUUGGCGCGUGAGUUUCAGAGUGAAGCGGCGAAGGGAAGUGGCAACGGGUGGUUGAAGGCGACGGGGGGCUCAGGGGCUCGGCUGUUGUCGGGGGCGCUGCGUAUGCCCCCGGCAAAGGCUGCGCUGGUGCAGCACUGAGCGGGAGGGCGGAGGCCGCAGGAGGGCCGCUUGCCGUGAGCUGGCCAGCGGCUGGGGAGUUGAGACUCGUGGCGUACCGGGGCUGCGGUCUGAGCGGCUUGCAUGCUCCAAGGAGGCUACAGGUGCGCGCGGCUGGCAGCAUGUUUGUGUCGCGCUUUUCCGUCUGCCGGGGGGUUAUGUACAUGAAACGGCAGAGUGCGCAUGCGGCGUUGCGGUAGAAACGGACACGCGGACCGUCUUGCUUUGGUGUAUAGCUUUUUGUAGGUCAUUGCUUGGUCCCGUUUCGUCAUUACAAUUCUUGUGCGAGUGUGAAGAGCUUGUUUCAGCGGUGAGGCGGACCGGGAGCGGCCCCGUAAGCAGGUGGAGCCCUAGGUAUGGAUGCUUGCGGGUGCUUGGCCUUUGGGACUCGUCACGUACCGUACUACUGAUUAUGUUAGAUGACGGACGAUCCCAUUUCCAGUUGCUCUGGAAGCGUUCGGCAGGCGACGCGAGAGCAGAGUAGGGGUUGCUUAAUGCGGCCAGGUGUUUGUGCGCCCGGGACCUCGACAGUGGAACACGUACCGUAUUACGACAACGCCUGAUAGCAUGCAGCCGAGCCCUGUGAUUACCUAGCACGCGGCCCUCUCAGAUGACCUCCUUGAUUGCUGGCUUGAGCACCGUGUUGGGUGCCUGCAUGCCAUCGCUGUGAUACUAUGUAUGUUCCGAUUAGUGCAGAUUAGAUCAGUGCGACUCGCUCGCGCGCGUGCAUGGGGGUUGACCGACAUGCAUGCUGCAGAGCGUGCGGCCACAGGCGGCCAAGGGUACGCGAUUGUAACUCCCAAGCAUU